AGAUUUCUAAACAAGAAAUAUGUAGGAGGCUAAAUAGUUGAGUUCUUUAGUUGAGGACAGCUGGGUUAAGAUCUGUAUUUGAGAAUGUUUGGUCAGUGUAUAAACCUAGUAUCUGGGUGUCUGUACGGGGAGGGAGAUUGGACUGUGUCUCCGGAUAUACCUGCUUCCCAACCUAUACCAGAUGUUAUCCUGGAUACUACUACUAUGGGCCAGGAAGCUGUAGUAGUGAAGAACGGGAUGAGAUUAUGUGGUACUGGAGCUGCUAGAGGUAGCUCUCCUAUACUACAGGAUAAAGCAUACUGGGAGGUCAAGAUACAACAAGGAGGGGUAUGGAGUGUAGGGAUUGCUACUCCUUCAGCGGAUUUAAAUAAAGAUCUUGGGUUGGAUCACUGCUCCUGGGCUAUUACAGAUUCAGGUCUUGUUCGUACAAAAGGUCAACAGGAGUAUAAGAUAAGUCCUGGAGCAGAGGAAGGAGAUAUCCUAGGGUUCUCCUACGAUCAUGUUGAGCUCAAUAUAUACUGUAAUGGUAGAAACCUGGAUACUCCAGUCCUAGGGAUCAAAGGAACCGUUUUCCCGGUCUUCUAUGUUGAUGAAGGUGCUAUACUAGACGCAGUGUUUGAACAGUUUAGCUAUCCACCUCCGACUGGAUUCGAACGAAUCAUGAUUGAAAAGUCUGUUCUCUAAACUAGAGUCGACCUAUAGUACAAUGAUCUGCCAAUACCAGCAUGAUAAGAUUUAGAUAUAUAUUUUCUGAAGAUAUCACUUCCUUCAGUCCUCCAACCCCCUCCGCAAGUUUUUAUGGUGAUGGUGCAAUUUUAGAAAAUAUAUUGUUCACUUGUAACUAUUGAUCUAAAGCUCAGAUCGCAUUUAGUGCUUAGUUUUAAUAUUGCAUCAGUGUUAGUAAGUUGACAAGUGCACAUGCUGUAUUUAUCUAUUGAUCCCAAACUUCCUCUUAAAAAAAUUGUACAGUCCAAUUACCAAUACAAAAAUAUGAAAUUUGGGCUAACUAUGUGAACUCCUUGUUUGUAAAUGUAUAAUCCAGCUCGGAACUUAAUGUUUUCCAAGUUUGUAAACCGUAAACCUUGUGAUGUGAACUAUAAAACCUUUAUGUGAUAAUUUUAUAUUAUUUUUUAUUUGAUGGGUCGUUUCUUUUUUUUAAAUUCCGAUUUUUUCAGUAAAAAUAGAAGAGUGUGGGGUGG